UUUUCUCUCUCUUUUACUCUCUUGUUUCCCCUCUCUUUCUCUCUCUCUCACUCACUCGCUCGCUCCUCGACUCGCGGGCAAGGCGAGUGUGUGAUCGGUUGAAAUGUGUUAUAGUUGUACGAAUAUCGGACCGCGCGACAGCAGCGAAACGCGCAAGGAUACAAAAGAAAAAUAAAAGGGCGGAAGAAGAGCGACGAAAGCGUUUGGCUUUUGAGGAAAAAAGAUUCCACCACUCACUCGAAUGAAGCGUGAGACGUGGAGUGUGUGUUGAGGAGAGCGAAGGGACACUGGUGAAAAAUCGUCAUCAUCAUCAUCAUCAUCUUCUUCUUCUUCAUCUUGUUCAGAGAGAGAGAGAGAGAGAAAGAAAAAAAGAGAGCGAGAGAGAGAAGGAAGAGAUAGGGGAGACUAGAAACUCCCGACACGACAGAACGAAACAAGGCACGGCGAGACGAUAUCCUCCGAGACUCUCGACGCGGUGGUGGACCAAACUUUAAAAACAAAAAACAAAAAAAAAUUUCUUUUUCUCCCUCGUGAUUUUUUUUCCACCUUUAAAAAGAAAGAAAACGACAUGACGUGUAGUUUUGGUCGAGAAUCGCGGUAGUAUCAUCCCUCCCCCCACCCCUCUCUCUCUCUCUUCAUCACUUGUCCCUACCCCCCUCCAAAAUUUUUUCCAAUCGGGAUUUUUUUCUUCUUUAAUUUUUUGACCGCGAAAGAAGAGACAAGAUGCGGCCGAAGGGUCGCAUCUUAAUAUUCAAAGUUGCGGAACUUUUAUGGAUUGUCUUUCUUUUCACUGGAUGGAUUACAGGUGUUGAGAGUGUGAUAUGCAACGACAGUGAGAAAUGUAACUGCACGGGUAUAAAAGGAGAGCCUGGACAUCUUGGAAUUCCAGGAGGAAGUGGAGCCCAAGGAAUACCGGGAGAAGUUGGUCCAGAUGGACCAGUGGGACCGAAAGGCGAAAAAGGAGCUGCUGGAGAACAUGGCAGCACAGGAGAAAAGGGUUACCGAGGAGAUGCCGGGGCAAGAGGAUUUGUCGGUGAUGCCGGAAGACCUGGAAUGAUGGGCACUGCUGGUUUGAGAGGUCCAGAUGGUUUGGAAGGUUGUAAUGGAACCGAUGGAACAAUGGGUGGACCCGGAAGAUCGGGUCAUUAUGGUGAACGAGGUCUUCCUGGUGGGCCAGGAAGUUAUGGACCACGUGGUGAACCCGGAGAAGGCGGUGUCAAUUCAAAGGGGAGCAAGGGAAUCAGAGGAGAAUUUGGAAUUGAUGGUCUUGAGGGUUUUCCGGGACAAGUGGGUUAUACCGGUGAUAUGGGACUUCCAGGAGACAGAGGAGAUCCGGGUGUCGAUGGAUUUCCGGGUCAACAGGGACCGAUCGGUGAACCUGGUGAACCAGGAAUUGGAAUACAGGGAUUUCCGGGUGACAUGGGAGAUAUCGGAGAGCCUGGACAAGAUUUUUUGCCUUGGACAAUUAUUAACCAAACAGUAUUGCAAGGUAAACGAGGACCACCGGGACCAAAAGGUGACACCGGAAGUUAUGGUCGACCUGGUGUACCUGGUGUCAAAGGACCGCAGGGUCGUUUGGGUCUACCGGGUUUCAAAGGAGUAAAGGGUGAGCAAGGAGACGAUGGACCGAGAGGCAAACAAGGAGUUACAGGUCCAGAUGGUCCGGCUGGUGAAAAGGGCGAGAAAGGAGCUCCGGGUUUUGAAGGACGACCAGGAUCCGACGGUUUUGACGGAGAACCGGGAGAAGAUGGCAAUGCUGGACCACCUGGAAGACAAGGUGCUGAGGGUGAGAAGGGCAGUUAUAUUCCGGAACUCGAUGAAAUGGUGCCUGGAAGCAUUGGACCUCAAGGAGAUUUAGGACCACCUGGCGAUCAAGGAGAAUCCGGAACGCCAGGACUUGCGGGAAAUGUGGGAUAUAUUGGACCAGCAGGUCCUCCGGGUCCUCCAGGAAUUCCCGGAUUAUCUGGCAAAAAAGGAACAUCCGAAAAAGGAGAACGAGGAGACGAUGCUCCAGCGGGACCAAGGGGUCCGAUCGGUCCUCCAGGUUUUCCAGGUCUUCCUGGUAUUGUUGGAGAUAAAGGUUUUCCUGGUCUGGCGAUCGUUGGUCCACCGGGACAAGAAGGAAAAAGAGGUUUUGAUGGCUAUCCUGGACUCCAUGGAGAUCGCGGUGAUCCUGGACCACCUGGUGAGAAGGGUUUCCCAGGGAAAGGUGUGAGAAUUCGAGGACCGCCUGGAGAAAAUGGUCUUCCAGGAAUUCCAGGUACUGCAGGAGUACCCGGAUUUUCAGGACUUCCAGGAUUUAAGGGCGACAAAGGAAUUCAUGGUGACGACUGCGGCGUUUGUACACCAGGAUUACCGGGACUCAAGGGUGAGCGGGGAGAAAGUGGAAGGCAAGGAUUUGCGGGAACUCCAGGUUAUCCAGGAUUUCCGGGACCAAGGGGACAGAAAGGUAUUCGAGGAAAAGCUGGAGUCGUUGGUCCACCGGGUUUGGAAGGUACCAGUGGGCGAACUGGAAUCGCUGGUGUUACCGGUCCCAAAGGAGAGCCGGGAAGAAUUGUUUGGCCUCCGCAAAAUCAAACAGAAUUUCUUGACGCAAUCGGUGAAAAAGGUGAUAAGGGUCUUCCUGGCCCGGAGGGAUUAAUUGGUCCCAGAGGUCGUCCCGGUUUACCCGGCGACGAAGGUAUGCAAGGACCCAAAGGCGCCAAGGGUGAACAUGGAUUGCCCGGACUGUCCGGCAGAGACGGAGUGCCCGGAAAAUAUGGUCGCAUUGGUGAAAAAGGAGACGAUGCUUCAGUUGAAAUUUAUCUCCUGCGUGGUGAGGCAGGUAUUCCUGGUUUACCUGGUCCAAAAGGUGAACGCGGUAUUGUUGGCGUUAAAGGUGAACGGGGAAAUUCAGCGUCGGCGUAUUUCGAAAAUAUUAAAGGCUUGAGAGGUUAUAAAGGAGAAGAUGGAGAAGCCGGAUUCGAUGGCUACAAAGGUUUUAAGGGACGAAUGGGCGACGUAGGAUUUAUAGGAUUGCCAGGACCUGCAGGACCACCAGGUCGUUCAUUCCAAGGACCGCCUGGUCUUAAAGGCUAUCCGGGAAUGCCAGGUGAAGAAGGACCUCGAGGAACUCCGGGACAACCGGGUCUUAUGGGUCCUGAAGGUUUCCCAGGUUUCCCGGCACAGAAGGGAGAACGUGGUGAUCCAGGAACUAAUUUAAUAUAUGGUGAUACUGGAGAGAUGGGUCUUCAUGGAGAAAAGGGAGAAUAUGGUGAAGCUGGUCCACGAGGAUAUCCAGGAAGAGGUGGUUAUGACGGACCGAAGGGAAUGAAAGGUGCCAAAGGAGCUCCAGGUUUCACUGGACUCAGCGGUUUACAAGGAUCGAAAGGCUCACGAGGUGACAGUAUCCAAGGAUCAAGAGGAAUGCCUGGAAUUCCAGGUUCACCUGGAUUUAGAGGAGUUCCCGGUGACAUGGGUUUUAAAGGACCUGAUGGAGCUCCUGGAUUUGGUGGAAUGAAAGGAUUGAAGGGAGAUACGGGCUUUCCGGGACGUCGUGGCGAGGAUGGAGCAACGGGAAUUAUUGGAUUUAGAGGAAUGAAUGGUGCUCCAGGUCUACCGGGUCUUCCGGGAAUGGAGGGCGAUGUUGGAAUGCGCGGUGAACCUGGAACAGAAGGAAGACCAGGUUUAGACGGCACCGAUGGGGAAGUGGGACUCAAAGGGGAACGUGGUGACAUUGGAGCCGAAGGACUUAUGGGACCGGAUGGUCCACCCGGAUUUAAGGGUGUUAUUGGUGACAUUGGACCUGACGGACCAGACGGACCACGAGGAGAAAAUUCAUUCAGCGGCCCUCAGGGUGUUAAGGGUGAACCAGGAUUCAUGGGUGAAGUGGGAUCUCCAGGUAGGCCGGGAAUUGACGGUCGACCUGGUCUUCCAGGAGAGCCUGGAAUGGCGAAAGAUGGCUUCGACGGCUUGAAAGGUGAGCAAGGAGACGCCGGUUUUGACGGCAUCGAUGGACUUAGAGGUCUCAAGGGGGAAAUUGGAGACAUGGGUUUGGAUGGUGAGAAGGGAGAAAGAGGUGAAGAAGGAUACAAAGGUUGGCCCGGAAAGCCUGGAUUGCAUGGAAGGCAUGGCGAGAAAGGUAAACGGGGACCAAUGGGACCUGCUGGUUUCGAAGGUCUAAAAGGUCAACACGGCAUGGAAGGAGAUCCAGGUCAAAUGGGACGACCUGGAAUGCCCGGAGAUGUAGGUUUCGUGGGAUAUCCCGGCGCUCUAGGUUCUCGGGGCCGAAAAGGUCAAGUUGGUGAACCAGGACACUCUCCAUAUUUGAUAGGCACCAAGGGCGACUUUGGCAUUCCUGGAAUGCACGGAUUUCCCGGAAGGAAGGGAGAAAGAGGAGAAGCUGGAUACCCUGGUUUCGCUGGACUAAAGGGAAUGGAGGGAGAUAUUGGAUUCAGAGGAGCAGACGGUUUUCCUGGACUCGAAGGACUUCCAGGUCUUCCCGGAGAUCGAGGAAUGCCUGGAAUGCCAGGUCUACCCGGUCAAUUUGCCGAACCUGGAGAAUCUGGUCGCGAUGGAUUGGACGGACGAGUGGGAAUACCAGGACGGCCGGGACAAAAGGGAGCACCUGGAGAGUAUGGUCCUAAUGGACCUAAGGGAAUUCAUGGCGAUGAAGGUGAAAUUAUUCCCGGUCCUAAGGGAAUGAAAGGCGACAUUGGUCAUAGAGGAUAUGUCGGAUAUCCUGGGGAACCAGGUCUUCCAGGUCAACCGGGUUUCCCGGGACCGGUUGGUCCAAAGGGCUAUAGAGGUGAGCCAGGAACUUCCGAGUUCAGUCACAAAGGAGAGAGGGGAGAUGCUGGUUUAUUAGGACUCGAUGGUCUGCAUGGUCCAAAGGGCGCGAGAGGUGACAGUGGAACUCAAGGAAGACCGGGAAUUCCUGGCGCUAAGGGCGAAAGGGGAAUUGAUGGAUAUGCUGGCGUUCAUGGAGCACCUGGACCUCCUGGUCCUCAGGGACCGAAAGGACAUCGUGGUGUGAUUCCAUUCCCUUCAGUACCUAGACCAGGAUUACCUGGAGAUGAUGGACCACCCGGAUUACCAGGUUUACCAGGAAGAAAGGGAGAGUCAGGAGAACCGGGUGAGGACGGUUUGCCGGGUCGCUUCGGAGAUAGGGGAAUGGAUGGUCCAGUUGGUCCACCUGGUUUGUCAGGAAGAGAUGGACCCAAUGGUUUCCAAGGUCCACCUGGAACGAACGGACGUCCUGGAGUUCCUGGACAUCCUGGUCAGGUUGGAGAACCGGCGCCAAGGUCUCGAGGUCCUCCAAAUCGAGGAUUUUUCUUCGCCAGGCAUUCGCAGUCCGAAAUGAUUCCCACUUGUCCGAGAAACACUGUCAAAUUGUGGGACGGAUUCUCUCUUUUGCACAUCAUGGGCAAUGGUCAUCCAUGGGCUCAGGACUUAGGUCAAGCCGGAAGUUGCCUCCGAAAGUUCUCCACGAUGCCGUUCUCGGUUUGCAAUUUGAACGACGUUUGUGAUUACGCCCAAAGAAACGAUUACAGUUAUUGGCUGAGUUCAACGGAGCCGAUGCCAAUGAUGAUGACACCGAUUCCCGCGACUGAAGUCGGUCGAUAUAUUUCAAGAUGCUCCGUCUGCGAAGCUCCAACAAGAUUAAUUGCCAUUCACAGUCAAACCAUGGACAUUCCUCAAUGUCCCGGCGGUUGGGAAGAGGCCUGGGUCGGCUACAGUUUCCUAAUGCAUCGAGAUUCUGGAGCAGCGGGCGGAGGACAAUCGUUAGUCUCACCGGGUUCUUGUCUCGAGGAAUUCCGAACACGGCCAUUCAUUGAGUGUCGUGGUCUUGGUACUUGCAAUUACUUUGGAACUGCAAUUUCCUAUUGGCUGGCAACAGUGAAGGAUUACGAGCAAUUUAGAAAACCUCUACAGCAAACACUCAAAGCUGAUCACACAUCGAGAGUUAGUCGUUGCUCUGUUUGUCGACGACGACUCGUCAACGAGGACAAUACAAACACAUAUCCUUUGAAUUCACUAAGGGAUAAUCGUUAUCAUCACAGUAGUUAUCAUCCAGAGAGUCGCGAGGAACAAGAUCGAACAUUUGUCUCGCCACGCAAUCAAAAUCGUCCCUACGAGUGGCAACGAAAUCAAAGACCAGCACAACAGCAAAGACAUCCUUAUAGACGUGUUCAUCAUCAAAAUCCAAGGAGAAAUCGCGUUUAUUCUGAAAAUGAUUCACAAUCUACAUGAGAAAUUUUUACUAGAUAAUCACGUUUUUUAUCCAAGUGUUAUGAAUCAAAUCGAAGAAAGGUAACUAAAAUUUUCUUUUUCUUUCGUCUCAUUCUUCGAAGGAAGAAUUUUCUUUUAGCAAAAAGAUUCUUUGAGAACAAUUCUCUUAUAGCAAAAAGAGAAUUGUUGAUAAAAAAAAUUUUGCUUCUUCUUAUUAUUAAAAAAGUUACAAAUGUAAGAAAUAGAGCUAGACAUUUUUUUUGCUAAACUAAGUUAAAAAUAUUUUUUCUACUAUAAAAUCAAAAAUAAAAAAGGAUUCAAACAUUUUCGAAUAAUUUUCGUGAUAGUCACAAGUAUGUAUAUAAAAUAAUUUAGAAAUUUACUUGAAAGUAAUUAAGUUAUAUCUACUGAUGUCAGAUUGUGUCAAAAAUAUCUUUCAUCUUGCGUGUUUCAUACUUCGUAAUAUAUAAUUGUUAUUAAAACAAAGAAAGAAAUUACAAUGGAAGAGCAAUAUCGCGCUGUGCCAUAAAUGAAUUAUCUUAUAUUAACAUCUACGACUGCCAAAUAUUACUUCGAUAUAAAUAAUAUAGUGCCUUGUGCGAUUUUACAAUUUAUCAUUUAUAUAAAACAAGAGAAAAUAUUUAAAUUAACUUUAUAUAUUGUAACGCUAAUCCUAAUUAUAAGGCAAAGUCAAAUAAAUUACUUUUAUAUAAUCUGUAA